CGGCCCCCAGCGCUGUGCCCAGCGGAGCCGGCGGAGUCGACCUUGCGCAACCAGCGGUGCACGGAGGAGGAAAAAUAAAGGGCGGCGUCACGUGACUCGCACGUACAAUAACCUGUGAGUCAGGCUGAGGGGGUGAACGUCCGGCAGUCACCUGUAAACAGUGGCGAUCCGUCGGCGUUGGGGGCCCGGCGCUCGGCGAUCCCGUCCGUCGGCCCCGGAAUCCAUGGACGUCCCAGCGGGGCCGCCCCCGGAGUCCAGGGGUACGCGGUGCGACGGCCGGACCGCGCUGACCCCGUUUGCCCGCUAGCCCGGCGCCAUGGCGCUCAACUUCACCACCUGCGCCCUGCAGCUGUCUGCGUGCGACGAGUACGGCGCUUACCGGGGCCGCCUGGGCCGCGGCUGCUCGUGGACCCGCGAGGAGACCAUGCUGCUGCUCGACCUGUACGAGAAGGAGCGGCUGUCGGACGAGCGCAGCGUCGAGUUUCCGCCGCGCAACACGCCCAAGUACCAGAAGGUGCACCAGGCCAUCUCGGGCUUCCUCGGGGCCCACGGCUACACGCGGAGUCCCAUGCAGGUGCGCGAGAGGCUGAAGCGCCUCAAGCGCGACUUCCGCGAGAAUAGGCACGGCGAGUUCACCGACCGCGUCGGCGCCAUCCUGGCCAAGCGGGGGGCCUCGCCGCCGCUCGCCGCCACCACCAACGGUGCUCCACACCAGCAGGGCUCGUCUCCUGACCACGAAGCCUGCUACCCCGUGGUACUGGUCAAGACCGAGGUCGGCUCGCCCGAUGCGCGCGACGCCUCCCCGGACGAGAACGUGCCACAGCCUGCACCGCCUGUGGGCCCAGAAUUGCGCUCGCCCGUCCAGGCGGAAGAAGACAGCGAGCCACGCCCCGUACUGCACCCGCAGCGGCCUCGGCGGUUCUCGCCCAGCCACGGUGAUGCCAACGGCCGGCCGGUCGGGACGGGCGUGCGGGCACAGCAGCGGGUGGUGCGCCUCCUCGGUCAGCUGGUGGCCGAGAACCGGCGCCAGGCACAGGCCACCGAGGCCUUCCACCAGCAGGUCCUCUACCAGAUGCACCUCAUCUCCUGCUCGCUCCAGGUGCUGGCCGCAGGGCGCACUCACGAGGCCAGACCGCAGGACGCCAGCAGGCUCGACGCCCACAACUCCAGCUGACCGGGUCCUUCGCUCCGAGGGCUGUCGGACUCUGUGAGCCGAAAUCUCUCGGUGUCGGCCCCCUCGCUGCUGUCCUAGGCUCCGGCCUUAGACCACUUUGCUUCCCAGUCGAGUGUACAUUUUGAGAUGCUGUUUUCUUCACACAGUGAUUGAUUGCGUUCGAUUCGCUGUAAAAGUAUUCAUAGGCCCUAAAAUUGAUGCAGUUUGAACCUUAAGCUGUGUCAACACCCGAAACAAAGUCUAGUUUUCCUAUGUGCCUUCGAAAACGAGGGACCUCUAACCAGAAGCAACAAGAUACCGGUGCCGUCCAGCUGUCACAAAUCCCCCUUCAGAGAGUCGGGUCAUCUGCAGAGGUUUCCUUCCGUCCCAGAUGUUUAAGAUUGUUGCUUUUCUAUGGAGAGUAUUAUCGAGGAUAUGGGUGGCAAGCUAAGCCAUUUGUCAGUAUGCUGUGCCAUCUCUUAUAGAAAGUCAAUUGGGCCAGAUCAUUUAUCCUCAUGUUCAGGUGCAAAAGUUGCGGGGGAUUGGUGUGUUUAUACGUUUAUCAUGAUGCGUGAUUUGUACUGUCCGACCGGUGCCCGAGUGUAGUUGGCCCCAAACCGAGGCCUGGAAUAUGCCCGGCACUUUGAGUGCGAUGCAUCCCCCGGAAAAGAUUUCUCACUUCACAUUAUGGAUCUAUGUACUUCCCACGAGUCUUCCAUAACUUGCAGUUCUCUGCAUCUGAUUGUGUUGCACGAGCCUUAAGGUGUGUUGGGAAAAUGUGAUUCAGCAAAUUUCACUGGAGGCUCUUUGUAGGUUCAUCUUUACAUCCCUCUAUUACCCCUGCAGAGUCCUUGAUGAUCCAGAACUGCUUAACCGAGGCAUUUUUGGAGCUUGUAAAUGUUUGUAAAUGUGUAUGAGCACUCUUGCCAGGGUACUUUUCCAAGUUAUAUUUAUGACUAGCUAUCUGUCCAGACUAAUAUACUAUAUUUAUUGAGGGGCAAUACUAGGAGAUGCAAUAUAUGGCUGCGGCAUCUGUUUUAUAUUUUUAUAUUUUGGUACGGUGGUGUAGACAAGCGUGCACACAAAGAACCAUCUACAACAGACCCUUCUAAGGCCUUUAUAGCUCUAAGUUUAGGUUAUAAUUCGAGGAGAGAGGCGCAUUCAUUUUUUUUUCUUGGGAAGUUUUAAAGGGCAUUGAGGCAUUUAUGCUGGGGAUGUGCGAAUAGUGGUUCCAAUCGAAUAGCGCCGCUUCAUUCAUAGCCUUCACAGUCCAAAGAAAGUAACUGGUUUUGUCCACUGUUCCAGCUAUCCCAUUCAAACCACUUUUUGCACACUCCUAAUUUAUGCAUGUCUUCUUUUUCUUUCUUUUACGAAAGUAUGACCAGAAGGACCCAACAACCAAAAAGAAAAUAUUUGCCACUCCAGAUGGAACUUAAAGCCGUCGGGGCUUCCCCAACUCUUCCCAGUGAUUAAAUAAAAAUACACAAAAAGGA